AUGCCAGAUCUUUAUCAGGUGUUUCCAGGUUCUUCUUACCUCUUGUAUGCUGGUCAAAGUGGUUUCAGGUUCUUUUUGUAUGCUCUUGUCUUUGAUCAUGGUAAUAUUUCAAUAGAAAAGCUAAGCAGAUACAUCAGGCUCCGUUGUGGCAGAUCCGUAGGUGGGGAGAAACUGUCAGCAAAUAUUAUUGGCUUAUGGUUUCAGUUCAGCUGUAAAUGUGGGGUGGAGUAUAGUUGGUUGCUUGUUCUUUUGCUGGUUAUUGGGAGGCUUCCAUCAGCUCAUCAUGAUUUGGCUAUUGGAUGGUUAUAUCUCUCUUCUUUUCUUUUGUCUGGAUUAGUUCAUUCUGUUUGUUGGUCUAAAAAAGCUCAUGUGCGAAUAGACCUUGUCCAUCCUGGUUUGUUUCCAGCUAAGGUUUGUUGGGUUUCAAAUACCAUGUUCCAUCAUAAUGUGAAUAUUUUGUCUUUUUCUCUUGCUGAUAGGUCCAAGAAAUCUUGUACGUGGAUUGGACCUUUGUCCCUCUUUCAUGGCUUUUCUGUGAUCUUCUUUUAUGGUUCAUCCACUUGUACCAUCUACGCUCUGCUGUUGAUAUAUGGGGAAGAGAUCUGCUUGUGUUCUUUGUUGAUAGGUUUUUUGAGUGCCAAAGAUCAUGAUCCAGGCAUCUUGCUGUUAUUCUGCCUACUCAAUUUGGUUUCUAUAUAUAUGAAAACUUGUACUAUUUCUGUCUGGAGGCUUGCUGAUUGGAAGCCUGUCAUGAUGAGAACUUUUUGUCUUGUUCUCUUGGUGAUAGGUCUAAGAAAGCUCGCGUAUGGAUUGAUCUUUGUCCUUCCUCAUUUGUUGCCAUUUCUGGAUUUUCUGUGGAUUGUUUCCGUAAGCUUUCUUUUUGUGGUAAAAGAUUUCUUCAUGCCGCUUUUGCUGAAAAAACAACACAUGGUUGACACUUGCAGUCUAAGAAAACAUGCAAGUGGAUCAGACUCCAGUCCUUCCAAUGAUAGGUCUAAUGGAACUCACAUGAAUUGGAUGGUGUCCUUCCUGGAUAAUUGUCUUGUUGUCUGGUUUUGUUUGGAAAGCUUAACGACGUGGCCUACCUGUUUCUCCAUACAGAUUUUGCAGGAAGAAGUUAAACAACAUAAUGGACCCUUGAAAUUUUUUUUAUGGUUUUACAGAUCAAAAAACUUACGGUUGGCACACCAGCAGAUGAUUAGGUUGUUGGGUUCCAGAUACUCUAAUCCAGGCAUCUUGAUGACCUUUCUGGUUUUUCUUUGA